AUGGCGGAUGCGGAAGAGGACAAGACAUCGUUAGAAUUCACGCCGUCGUGGGUGGUGGCUUUAGUGUGCUUUGGCAUUGUGUUGAUUUCUAUCGUUGUUCAUAGGUUUCUUCUUUGCGUCGGCAAGCUUUUGAAGAAGUACAAUAUGUGGGCUUUCGUCGGCGCCUUACAGAAGAUAAAAGAUGAGUUGAUGGUACUGGGUUUCAUAUCGCUGCUCUUAGGGGUGUUCCAAACUAGAAUAGGGAAAAUUUGCAUAUCGGAGCGACUUGCCAAUGUCUGGCUUCCUUGCAAGAAGCCCGACUCUUCUUCCACCGUCACCAGUUUCGCUACUAGUUCCUUCACUUCCAGCAGAACGCAAGGACGCUGCCUCCUUGCCGAAGCUUCUGUUGCUACCGAUUUCUGCAGUCAAAAGGGGAAGGUGGCAUUGUUGUCUGUUGAAGCCCUCCAUCACCUUCACAUUUUCAUAUUUGUGCUGGCGACCUUUCACGUGGUCCUCUGUGCGCUAAAAGUAGUCCUUGGAUAUCUCAAGAUGUCAUUUUUCAAGCAGUUUUAUCCUUCUGUGACCGAGUUUGAGUACAUCGCUCUUCGUCUGAACUUCACCGAGGCAUAUGAUUUGGACAAUCCAAAGGAUGAUUUUCAGUACAUAAUCAGGGCCGUGCAAAAGGAUUUUCAGAAAAUGGUUGGAAUCAGGUGGUACUUGUGGUUAUGCGCAGUUAUCUUUUUGCUCGUGAAUGUAGCCGGAUGGCAUGCGUACUUUUGGAUAUCUUUCAUUCCGUUGACUCUUUUGCUCAUCGUCGGCACCAAAUUGGAGCAUAUGAUAACACAACUAGCCAAAGAGGUUGCCGAAAAGCGUUCACAAAAUGAAAAGAACUCUCCUCCCAAAGAAAGUGCAAAGGAGUUGGUUGUUCAAUUUUCAGACAAUAAAUUUUGGUUCGGUAGGCCUCAUCUCGUCCGCAACCUGAUUCACAUCGUGUUAUUCGAGAACUCUUUGGAGCUUGCCUUCUUCUUCUUUAUAUUAUUCCAAUAUGACUUUCACUCUUGCGUUAUGGGAAAGGUUGGUUUUGUCGUCCCAAGAAUAGCAAUUGGAGUGUUUGUCCAGUUCAUGUGCAUCUACAGAAUAAUACCACUAUACGCAAUUAUGAAAUCACAGAUGCAUGUGAAGGAGGAGCAAUCAGACAAACGGAAAGAAAUCGAUGAAAUUAAGAUACAGUUGAAGGAGAAUCGGACGGACGAAGAGGAAGAAAUGUGGAUCGUGACCAGGAUUUCGAAGUUGAUCGAUAACAGAAGGAAACCAAGAUUUUCAAAGGUGGACGCAAAUACUGAAUCGAUCCAAACCGGUUCGAGAGAGGGAUCUGUUUGA